AUGGAAACAGAAGUUAGGAGUCUGAUACCCGAAAAUAUUGACCACGUGAUAUCAGUCCUUCGUUCUAUAUCUGAGUAUCUCGAGCCUUGGAACCAAGCAUCUCAAGUCAUUCCAGACUUAACGCAGUGGCGCAUGUUUCCAGUCAAUCCGAAGGGGGGCACCUCUGCCAAGGUUGAGCUGCAAGCAGCCUCUGAUUUCUGGUGCAUUCCAGUAGCUUUGGACCAUCAAAGGGGCUUUCUCGGUAAAGUCAACAUAUCGGUCAUCUUUGCUGAUACUUUUAGCGGCAUAUCCCAACUAUGCGGUUAUCUAAAGUUGGAUUCAAAAUUCAUGUCCAGACUUAUCAAUGAAAAAUCUGCGCAUCAUCAUGGGGUUCGCCUACAUGAAGGCUACAUGGAGAGGCUUCGAGGGAAAGCCUUGUACAUUGCAUCGUUGAUCCCGCUUCGUUACCAAACUAAAUACGUCAAGUUGCUUAAGAAUCUGUUUGUAUAUCAAUGUGACCAGAUUCUUAUUAAUUGGCACCUCAGAGUUGGCGAAGAGGUGGUGCAGAGCCAUCCGGUGGAAGACCAGGUGACAGUCGAAAUCAGAAGCGGAGAAUUGAGCAUUCAUAUGGUUGACAAGGAUAGUCUCCUCAACUCGGGUUAUUCUCCAAUGCAGUUAUCCCAUCUGAUGGCCGACGUUUGCAAGAUUAACCGCAGCAGAGAUUUUAGUCUUCUCAUCCAGAUCCUCGCACAGGACAAACCUAAGCUUAUUGAAGCAGAUCUUCAUUUUCACCUCAAAGAAACUGGCCGUACAAGAUUCAAAGAACCAUUUAAGAGCGGCGAUGACGCGAUCAGCAUGCCCCAAACCUCAAUGCCACCUCAGCAGAAAAAUACAGCGACUCGGGUGACCACUCAAAAGGAGGACCGCAUUCAAGUCUUGCCCUUUGACAAUCAACAGGAUGACACCCCUUCUUCUAAGAUGCAGGAGCCGAUAGAAGGUGAAACUGGGCGGAUUGACUCUCAGCCGGUCCCCAAAGCCUCGAAGAACACCUUGGAUAGUCAAAUACAGAAUCCGGUAGGACAUGUCUCGGAGGAUGCUGUAGAUGCUGUAACUGGCACUGAUGACCAUCCUAUCGCGCAUAAAGAGCAGCAUACAUCAAAUGGGCUUAGUGGUCCCAUAUCAGAUACGGAAGAUCGAUCCGUUGAACAGCUUAGCCCUACAAAGAUUGAGGCUCCUACAAAUGUCGGAAAGAGCAUCAGCUCUACCACCGCGAGAGGCCCCAUCAAUAAUACGGAGGCGAGCUGCCAGUAUGAUACCAUUCGGAUCCUUGAUGGGACCGAGCCAUGUCAAAAGGAUGAAUUUGGAAAUCGGCAAGCUCAACAGGAGUCGAGUGAUGAGCAUGCACCGGCCUUCUCCGAGUCUCCAAAGGCAGAUAAGAGCCAUCUUCUCGAGAAUGCCAGAGUGCAUAAUGUCAGAACAGAGAUUGCGGACGCCGCAGAGGAAGCUCCAAGCGAAGGCAACAAAUUAAUGGUCAGAGGAUAUAGAAGCAGCCCCCGAAGCGACCAGCAAGAGGUGCCUCCUAGUACCAAAUUGGAGGCCGAGAGCAUCAGUGUACAACUUGAUUCGCUGCCAGCCAAAGACACACCUCUUGCUUCUAAAGACGAGGAGGAAAUCGUCGAGGAAUUUAGUGGUUUGAAAGUGCCUAGCAUUGCCAUUGAAAGGGCUGAGUUACCAGAAGAUACGAAAGUGCCCUUGAUUAAGCCUAGUGAAACGCCUUCUUACAGGUCUGGACCUCCAUCUAGUAUCAGAGGCGACCAACAUGCGCAACAAGAAUUUGGUACAGUUCUCAAAACCAUGAGGCCAUCAUCGCCGUAUGCCAAGAGAGCCCUUUCCCCUAGUCGCUAUCUCCCGUCUAGCGACAGGGAGGUAGAUUAUCUAUCAACCCAGCCGCACAGAAGGACGAACCACGAGUUCAUGAACAUGAAUAGUGGCUUCGUACAUUAUCAUGAACCAACGACGAUCUUCACUGGCCGAGACACAGAGGAGACCAGAAAUUUUGGGGAGCUCUAUGUGUCCGAGUAUCUUCGCAAGUUGCUCCCCGAAACAUAUGAUCCUAGCAAGCAUUGGACCAGCCGACAACGCUCAAGGUCGUUUACGCCGCCAACACCAGAUUGCUCUACGUUCACGAUCCCAGAUGCUAGUGGGAAGCUACUUGAAGCAGUUAUCGAGGGAGGCCACAUCAACAGAGCUCUGCUUGAGAAGCCCUGCACAAUUCACGUUGAAGUAUGCGCUUCCAACGACGGUCUCUACUCGACUUUCAUCCUGCCCAACGUUCAGUUUGAAAAGGCGAGAAGGAUGACCAUGAGCAAGGAUCAGAAGUUCAACCAAAUCUACAUUCUGGCUCGUGUGUAUAAAGUACGCGAGGAUCCGGGAAUCGCCAUGUACGUGGAUCCAUGGCACCUUUAUCUGCACGGAUCUUUAUCGCUCCAGUCAGCGAGUCGCUUUCUUGGAGCGAUAUCGAAAUCGAAGACACUGCGACCAAUCCUACAUCAAGAAUCGACGAGGGCAAGUUUCACCUCAAAGUCGCACGUUGUCUACCACGAUCUGCCUGUCGGGCCACGGGAAAUCCGUCUCCUCAAGCUGGACCUGAACAAGUACAACGAGCCCCUUCGCGGAUCGCUUCAGGUGUGCAACGUGUCAGAUGCUAAUCAUUAUUGGGCCUUAUCCUACGUCUGGGGCCCGAAUCCGACGGAACUACAUCCAAUCUACUUUACGGUAGACGGGAAGGAGAUGAUGAUCACAGAAUCUUUGAGUGCAUUUCUCAAGCAGCUACGACGCAAACUAAGAGAUGGCGGAACCAACUCAGUCCCUCCGCUGCUAUGGGCUGAUGCGUUGUGCAUCGACCAAAACAACAACGUCGAGAAAAGCCAGCAGGUGAGCAACAUGGGGUCUAUUUUUGGGGAAGCGAAGCAGGUAAUGGUCUGGGCUGGCACCGAGAAUGAGAAUGAUACUGGGGUCAUCGAGGUGUUCGCAUGGCUGCACGAGCAACUCUUCGGACACCGGGACACAAAGACUUGUCGCUGCCGAGAUACAGAACAACCGUCAACAGAUCACCUCCCAAAUGACGAAGAUCCUUGCUGGCCAGCCAUUGAAGCUUUCUUGAGGCGGGAAUGGUUCGUGCGUGUAUGGAUCAUCCAGGAACUCGUCCUUGGCUCCGACGUCACUCUGAUGUGCGGUGAGCGGGAAACCCGUUGGGAUUGCUUCGCUCAGACACUGAGUGUUUGCGAACGGUAUUUAAAUCAAGGUGACCACGGUAGACACUAUCUCCCGAGCUCGGGUCCUGCGCUCUCUCUCCAUGGCGUCCGCAAACUCUACCAAGGGCGCCGCAAGUUCCGCUUCCUGCAGCUGAUCGACAAGUUCUACCUCUCACAGUCCACUUGGCGACGUGAUCGAUUGUUCGCACUCCUGAACUUGGCGUCGGAUGCCGAUUUCAACACGAGUGACUUCCAGCCUGAUUAUGACUCUGGAGACGAGAAUGUCCUUGCAGUAUAUGCGCGCGGUUUCGUCCGGCUUGGCCUGGCCCCAGACCUUCUGUACCGAGCUGGGAGUGGCAAGGCAUGUCCUUCCUGCUCAUGGAUACCAGACUUCAUGCGUAGACGGUCUGGGAACCCACCAUACCCGCCAACUAUUUCCACAUGGCAGGCGAAGUCGGGGCAGUUCAGCGCAGGAAGUCGAAACAUCCGCAAGAAACCCACAGUGCACUUCAUAAAGCCGUCUGUACCUGAGGGGGGACUCAGAGACUAUCUUCAGCCGGUUCUUGUUAUCUCUGGUUACGAAAUCGACACCGUCACAGGUUGCCAGCCACUCAAUAUCAACCCCAGCCACGGAUCGGUGUCUUUCGAAACACUCCACAUCGUCCGCAAGCAUCUAAAGUUCUACUUACGAGGCCGGAGCGAGAAAAUUGUGAUAAACCUACUCAUCGGUGAUGCUCUACGACCGCAGCCCUUCUACGCCGGGCAGGAAUCCGCAGAGUUGGACGAGUGGCCGCCCGGGUUCGAGGAAAAGUUGCUACGGGCAAUCGACCCUGACCAAGAUGGACGAGAGUACGACAAAGUACAGGUUGAGGACCGGAGACUAAACCUCAAGUUCUGGGCAACAGUCAGAGCGUUUGCUGGCAGAAUACCGGGCGCGGCGAGAAAGGGCAUGUAG